AUGAAUUACGAAGCAUUUGGGGAUGUUUUGGCUUUUGAUGCAACGUACCACACGAAUAUGUACGAUAUGAUUUUUGUUCCAUUUACUAACGUUGAUCAUCACAAAAAAUGCACGAUAUUUGGUGCUGGCCUGCUUCAUAACGAGACAAUCGAGUCAUACACAUGGCUUCUUCAAAAAUUUCUCCAAGCUCAUAACAGCAGACAACCUCUUUUGGUUCUAACCGAUCAGGAUUGUGCCAUGAAACAAGCAGUUAGCAAUGUAUUCGAAAAGUCGCAUCAUCGACUAUGUAUGUGGCAUAUAGUUCAAAAGAUACCAUCUAAGAUCAAGGGAGACAACUUGACAAAUAUCGAGAUAAAAGAGAAGUUUCACAAGCUUGUUUGGAACGUCUAUAUCAAAUCUGAAACAUUUGAGCAAAGGUGGAAUUCAUUGAUCGCUGAAUAUGGGUUAGAGUCUCAUAAAUGGUUGACAGAGAUGUUUUCAAUUUGGGAGCAAUGGAUUCCAGGUUACUUUCAUGAAAUGCCCAUGUGCACUUUAAUGAAAACGACAUCCAGAUGCGAAAGUGCAAACCACAUGUUUAAAGCAGACUCGAGCGCACAUAAUACACUGGUUCAAUUCAUGUUGUGUUAUCACACGUCCAUCUAUGGGUUAAGAAACAAGCAACGGGAACUUUGCAAUCAUACUGAGACCACCAACCUAGAAAAAUACAAAACAAGCUACAGGAUUGAACGUCAUGCGAACGUCGUUUACACAAGGAAAAUUUUCUACGAGGUUCAAAAGCAAAUUUUCAAUGGUACAGAAUUUAGUUACAUUGCGGAACGGUCCCUGGUUGAUGGUUUUGGGAUUGAACUCUACCAAAGGAACAGAUAA